UCCAAGGACGAGGCGCCCCAACAAGAUGCCCACCCGAGCUCCCUGGGGGGCGCUCUCCGUGGUCCUGAUCCUGGUCUGCGGCGGCCACCCUCGAGCGGCGCGGGCCUGCCCGCACCCCUGCGCCUGCUACGUUCCCAGCGAGGUGCACUGCACGUUCCGGUCCUUGGCCUCCGUGCCUGACGGCAUCUCCGAGCAUGUGGAAAGGAUCAAUCUGGGGUUUAAUAGCAUACAGACCCUGUCCGAAACCUCAUUUGCAGGACUGACCAAAUUGGAGCUACUUAUGAUUCAUGGCAACGAGAUCCCAAACAUCCCGGAUGGAGCUUUAAGAGACCUCGCUUCCCUGCAGGUUUUCAAGUUCAGCUACAACAAGCUGAGGGUGAUCUCAGCACGGACGCUGCAGGGUCUGUCGAACUUACUGCGGCUGCACGUGGACCACAACAAGCUCGAGUUCAUCCACCCGCAGGCGUUCAGCGGCCUGACGUCCCUGCGGCUGCUGCAUCUGGAAGGAAACCUGCUGCAGCAGCUGCACCCCGGAACCUUCUCCACGUUCUCCUUCCUGGGCUACUUCCGACUCUCCACCGUCCGGCACCUCUACUUGGCGGAGAACAGGAUCCGCACGCUCCCCGCCGGCGUGCUCCGCAACAUGCCGCUGCUGGAGAACCUCUACCUUCACGGGAACCCCUGGUCCUGCGACUGCGACAUGCGCUGGUUCCUGGAAUGGGACUCCAGGUCCAAAGGGAUUCUGAAGUGUAAGAAGGACAAAGUGUACGAAGGCGGUCAGUUGUGUGCUAUGUGUGCCAGUCCCAAGAAGCUGUACCGACAAGAGAUUCACAAGCUGAAGGACGUCACUUGCUUGAAGCCUUCCAUAGAGUCCCCUCUGAGGCAGAACAGCAGCAGAGAUGCAGAGGAAGAGCAGGAACCAGAGGAGGACAGUGACAGCCAGCUGGUCCUGGAGGGCUUCCAGCUCCCCUUGUGGAACAUCUCCUUGAACAUGACCGAUGAACAUGGGAACAUGGUGGACUUGGUCUGUGACAUCAAGAAGCCCAUGGAUGUGUACAAAAUUCACUUGAACCAAACGGAUCCUCCAGAGAUUGACAUAAAUGCAACGGUCGCCUUAGACUUUGAGUGUCCGAUGACACGGGAAAACUACGAAAAACUGUGGAAAUUGAUAGCGUAUUACAGUGAGGUCCCCGUGAAGCUCCAGCGGGAGCUCAUGCUGAGCAAAACCCCCAGAGUCAGCUACCAGUACAGGCAGGACGCCGAUGACGAUGCUCUUUACUAUACGGGUGUUAGAGCUCAGGUUCUCGCAGAACCGGAAUGGGUCAUGCAGCCGUCCAUAGAAAUCCAGCUGAACCGACGUCAAAGUACGGCCAAGAAGGUGCUGCUGUCCUACUACGCGCACCAUUCUCAAACCAUGUCCGCCAAGGAUAUGAUGCAGGCUCGGAGCAAAAGCUGGGUCAUGAUCGAGCCGAGUGGGGCUGUGCAAAGAGCUCAGACGGUCCUUGAAGGGGGGUCGUGCCAGCUGAGCUGCAACGUGAAAGCUUCUGAGAGUCCGUCUAUCUUCUGGGUGCUUCCAGAUGGCUCCGUCCUGAAAGCACCAAUGGACGACCAGGACAGCAAGUUCUCCAUCCUCAGCAGUGGUUGGCUGAGGAUCAAAUCAGUGGAGCAGUCUGACUCUGGUUUGUAUCACUGCAUUGCUCAAGUAAGGGAUGAAAUGGACCGGAUCGCAUAUAGGGUGCUCGUGCAACCUCCCUCUACUCGGCCCUCUGAGAGAGACACGGUGACAAUUGCCAAGAACCCAGGGGAGCCAGUGAUGCUGCCUUGCAGUGCGUUGGCAAUACCCGAAGCACAGCUCAGCUGGAUUCUUCCUAACAAAAGGAUAGUCCAUGACUUGGCUAACACGUCACACGCAUACAUGUUGGCAAAUGGAACUCUUUCCAUCCCCAAGGUCCAAGUCAGCGAUGGCGGUUACUACCGGUGUGUGGCCGUCAACCAGCAAGGGGCAGACCAUUUUACCGUGGAGGUCGCCGUGAGUAAGAAAGGGUCCGGCAGGUCAUCCAAAAAAGGUAGACGUCCGGACGCAAAAUCUCUUUCUCGAGUGAGAGAAGACGUCGUGGAGGAUGAAGGGGCCUCAGGCAUGGGAGACGAAGAUCACACUUCCAGGAGAAUUCUACAACCAAAGGACCAAGAAGUGUUCCUCAAAACAAAGGAUGAUGCCAACACGGGAGAGAAGAAAGGCAAGAAAGGGAGAAGAAAGCUGAAACCCUGGAAGCAUCCCGAGAAAGAGCCGGAGAGCAACAUAGCAGAGGGUCGCAGAGUGUUCGAGUCCAGACGAAGGAUCAACAUGGCGAACAAACAGAUUAAUCCCGAGCGCUGGGCGGAUAUUCUAGCCAGAGUCCGUGGGAAAAAUCUCCCUAAGGGCACAGAGGUACCCCAGGUCAUUAAAACCACUACUCCUCCAUCCAUGAAUCUGGAAGCAACACCUCCUUCCCCGGCUGUUUCUCCCCCUUCCUCAUCUCCUGCACAGACAGCAACCAUUGCCAAAGAAUCCUCUGCGGAUAUGUCUCUAUUUGGUGAGGAGGAGCAGGUGUUGAGUACCAUUUCCUCACCCACAAUGGCGCUAGAGCACGACAGCAAUGGAGUGAUUCUUGCAGACCUCGAAGUUACAAGCACACCAUUGGAAGAAGUUAUUGAUGAUGCAUUUUCUGAGAAGGUUGAGGAGAUAUCUCCCACUGAAGUUGACAUGAAGUGGGUUACAGCCCCGACACUGAUAUCUGACCCGUAUGAGUCCUCUUCUGCUCUAUACUCUGUGGACACAAUCUAUGGAGAGCCCACCCAUGAAGAGACAGCAACAGGGAGAUGGACGACAGCAGAUGGUGGGUCCAUGCCAGAGCCCACAUUGAGUGGGUAUGAGCCUCCAUUGGAUGUUAUCUCCUUGGCCGAAUCUGAGACGAUGCAAUACUUUUACCCAGAUCUGGAGACUAAUUCGCAACCAGAUGAGGAUAAGAGGAGAGGACCGACCUCUGCACACUUCACUCCAACCCCCGUUGUGUGGAUUACUGACCUCAGGACACUGGAGUCAUUUGAAGAUUCCACUUUAAGGGAACAUGAUGUCCCAGGUCAAUCACAUCUACAAGGGCUCACAGACAACAUCCAACUGGUGAAAAGUGGUUUAAGCACUCACGGCACCCCGCUGAUUAUAAAGGGUGUAGAGGAGACGUCUCAGACACCACAGGAAGGAGAGAUGCUGGAGAGACACCCCACAAACUCCAGAAGUUCUGAGGGUGAGGGGCAAGACAUCAAAUCCACCACUCUGCUGGAUUCCAUAGUGGGAGUGAAGAGCAGAAUCUCUCCUUUUAACCUGCCUGGGGAAGCCACACUUGGCCCUGCAUUGGACAGAGAUAUGACCACAGCAGCAAUGAUGACCCCAAGACAAAGUGCCCCUGCGCCGUCGGCAAUCCCCACUCACCCUUCUCAGAGAAGAACCAAUGGGAGGAGGAGGUUACGCCCCCACAAAUCCCGCCACCGGCAUAAGCAAACCCCACCAACAACUUUUGCCCCAACAGAGACUUUUUCUACACAACCAACUCCAGGACCUGAAGUUAAGAUUCCAAGCCAAAUGGAGAGUUCUCUGGUUCGUACAGCUUGGGCUGAUAACACAGUUAAUAUCCCCAAACAGCUGGAAAUGGAGACGAACCCAGAACCUGUAUCCAAGGGAACCCCACGGAGGAAACACAGGAAGAGGCCAAACAAACAUCACUACACCGCUUCUACAGUGAGCUUGAGAGCAUCUACAUCCAAGCCCAGCCCUUCCCCAGAAAAUAAAUAUAAAAAUGUUAUUACUCCCAGUUCAGACACUAUACCUUUGUCCAGAACUGUUCCUCUGAGGACUGGGGACUUGUAUGAGCUAACUACAGUGGAAGAUUACAUGACAACCACCACAAAAAUACAUUCGUCUCACCAUGAUGUCCAAGAGACACUUUCAGUCACGUAUGAACCUGUAUCAGAUGGAAAGGAAAUUAAGGAUGAUGAUGUCACAGAUGUCAAAGGCUAUGAAACUGAUACUUUAGUCCCCGGUGAGUCGAUCACUAAUGUCAUACCAACUUCUGGCUCGUUGGUCUCCACUGUGGGAGAAGUCUCUACUGAGGAAGGCUCCCCUCCCAUAGGCUUUCCAGGAACUCUAAGCUGGAAUCCCCCAACGACAGCUCAAACUGGGCAGCUGGAGACAGACACCCCUGUUACCAGUUCUGGAGAAAACCUUACAGAUCCUCCCCUUCUGAGAGAGCUAGAGGAUGUGGAUUUGCUCUCUGUGUCUUCACCUUCCGUUACAGUCUCAACACCAUCUCAACAAGAAGAAGCUGGUGCUUCGACUGCUCUCACAAACAUGAAAGCAGAGUUGUCCUCAAGUCAGGCAGAAAGCACCACCCAUGGGCAGGAACAUCAUGAAACCACUGUGGCUUUUCUUCACACUGACACCAGAUCACAGAAUCACAUCCCUACUGCUGCUCCCAGGGAGAAGCCAACCUCCCUGUUCCCGCCCACGAAUCUUGUACCCUUGGCACAAACCACCACUAAGCCAGCACUUCUUAGCUCGAGAACAUCUCCAACAUCUACAGAUUCCAAGGAAAAUGUUUUGUUGAAUUAUGUGAGGAAUCCAGAAACCAAAGCACCCCCAGUGAGCAAUGAAGGGACACAGACUAUACUGAGGCCAAAUGAAUUAUCUACCACUUCUUCCAAGCAGGGCACAUCUGAGUUGUCUCCGAAGCAAGAGUUGGGAAAGGAAGUAUUUGACAGAAAGAGCAACAAGAGUCUCCCACGCAGCCCACAAAGUCACCACCAGCAUGGGGGAGCCCAUGUCUCUCACCAGCCAUCCAGAGUCCCUGCCAAACCUAUCCCACCAUGGGGAACAGUUCGGCCACCUGAUGUAGCUACACAAAGCUCCUUCAGAUAUUUCGUAACAUUACAGCCUUCCCGUCAUUGGACCAACAAACCGCAAAUAACUACAUCUCCCCCAAGGGCUUUGCCAGGGAGCAAACUCUUUUCCACUCCAAAAGUAUCAACGACAACAACUCCUGCUCCAUUGCACAUGUCCAAACCCAACAUUUUUACCAAAGUGACUGACCAAAGACCUGACCAAUUCAAUGGCUACUCCAAGGUGUUUGGAAAUAAUAACCUUCCCGAGCCAAGAAACCCAGCUGUCAGGCUUCCAAAUUCAAGAGUUCCUCAUUAUUCCAAUGGAAGACUUCCUUUCUUUAUCAACAGAACACUGUCUUUCCCACAGCUGGGAGUCACUGUGAAGCCCCAGACAUCCACCUCGCCUGCCCCAGUGACAAGAGAAAGAAUAGUCAACCUGGGUCCGUACAAUAGGAUACAUUCCCAGAGCACCUUCCACGUAGACUUUGGUCCUCCAGCCCCUCCCCUGCUGCACCCUCCCCGGACCAUGGCAUCACCCUCAACUAACUUACAGAAUAUCCCACUGGUUUUUCCCACCCGGAGCUCCAUCCCCUUUGCAACAUCUUCUGUCCAGUCCUCUGGAAGCUUCCAUCAGAGUAGCUCAAAGCUCUUUGCGGGAGGACCACCUGCAUCCAAAUUCUGGAUGCCCGGAGAAAAGCCCCAAAUUAUCACCAAAUCCCCACAGACUGUGUCUGUCACUGCUGAGACAGACGCUGCGUUCCCAUGUGAGGCAACAGGGAAGCCCAAGCCUUUCAUUACGUGGACAAAGGUUUCCACAGGAGCCCUGAUGACUCCCAACACCAGGAUGCAACGGUUCGAAGUCCUCAAGAACGGCACGUUGGUUAUCCGGAAGGUGCAGGUGCAGGACCGCGGCCAGUACCUGUGCACGGCCAGCAACCUGCACGGGCUGGACCGCGUGGGCGUCCUGCUGUCCGUCACGGUGCAGCAGCCGCAGAUCCUCGCUUCGCACUAUCAGGACGUCACCGUCUACCUGGGGGACACCAUCGCCAUGGAGUGCCUGGCCAAGGGGACCCCAGCGCCCCAGAUCUCCUGGAUCUUCCCCGACAGGAGCGUGUGGCAGACCGUGUCCCCCGUGGAGGGCCGCGUCACGCUGCACGAAAACCGGACCCUGUCCAUCAAGGACGCGUCCUUCGCAGACCGGGGCGUGUAUAAGUGCGUGGCCAGCAACACGGCGGGCGCGGACAGCCUGGCCAUCCGCCUGCACGUGGCGGCGCUGCCCCCCGUCAUCCACCAGGACAAGGCGGAGAACAUCUCGCUGCCGCCCGGGCUGAGCGUCCACAUCCACUGCACCGCCAAGGCCGCGCCCCCGCCCAGCGUGCGCUGGGUGCUCUGGGACGGGACCCACAUCCGCCCCUCGCAGUUCCUGCGCGGGAACCUGUUCGUCUUCCCCAACGGCACGCUCUACAUCCGCAACCUGGCGCCCAAGGACAGCGGGCGCUACGAGUGCGUGGCCGCCAACCUCGUGGGCUCCGCGCGCAGGACGGUGCAGCUCACCGUGCAGCGCGCGGCCGCCAACGCGCGCAUCACCGCCACCUCCCCGCGCAGCAGCGACGUCAGGUACGGGAGCACCCUGAGGCUGGACUGCAGCGCCGCGGGCGACCCCUGGCCGCGCAUCCAGUGGAGGCUGCCGUCCAAACGCAUGGUGGACGCGCUCUUCAGCUUCGAUUCCAGAGUCAAGGCGUUCGCCAACGGGACCCUGGUGGUGAACUCGGUGACCGACAGAGACGCGGGAGAUUACCUGUGUGUGGCGCGCAACAAGGUGGGCGACGACUACGCGGCGCUGCGGGUGAAGGUGGUGAUGAAACCCGCCAAGAUCGAGCACAAGGAGGAGAACGACCACCGGGUCUUCUACGGGGGUGAUCUGAAAGUGGACUGCGUCGCCACCGGGCUGCCCAACCCCGAGAUCUCCUGGGGCCUCCCCGACGGCAGCCUGGUCAACUCCUUCAUGCAGUCGGACGACAGCGGCGGGCGCGCCAAGCGCUACGUGGUGUUCAACAACGGCACGCUCUACUUCAACGAGGUGGGCAUGCGGGAGGAAGGGGACUACACCUGCUUCGCCGAAAAUCAGGUGGGCAAGGACGAGAUGAGAGUCCGGGUCAAGGUGGUGGCGGAGCCCGCAGCCAUCCGGAACAAGACGUACCUGGUGGUCCACGUGCCCUACGGAGACGUGGUCACCGUGCCCUGCGACGCCAAAGGAGAGCCCAUGCCCAAGGUGACGUGGCUGUCCCCAACCAACAGGCUCAUCCCCGCGUCCUCGGAGAAGUACCAGGUGUACCCGGACGGCACUCUGCUGAUUCAGAAGGCGCAGCGCUCCGACAGCGGCAACUACACCUGCCUGGUGCGGAACGGUGCGGGCGACGACAGGAAGACGGUGUGGAUCCACGUCGACGUGCAGCCGCCCAGGAUCAACGGCAACUCCAACACCAUCACCACGGUGCGGGAGAUCGCGGCCGGGGGCAGUCGCAAGCUCAUCGACUGCCAGGCGGAGGGCGUCCCCGCCCCGAGGGUCCUGUGGGCUUUUCCGGAAGGCGUGAUCCUGCCUGCCCCGUACCACGGAAACCGCAUCAGCGUGCACCGCAACGGCACGCUGGACAUCCGGCAGCUGAGAAGGAGCGACUCGGUGCAGCUGGUGUGCAUGGCCCGCAACGAGGGCGGCGAGGCGCGGCUGGUGGUGCAGCUCACCGUCCUGGAGCCCGUGCACAAACCCGUCUUCCACGACCCCACCAGCGAGAAGAUCACCGCCACGGCCGGCCACACCAUCAGUCUCAACUGCUCGGCCGCGGGGACCCCGCCGCCCACCCUGCUGUGGGUCCUCCCCAACGGCACGGAGCUGCAGAGCGCCCGACGGCUGCAGCGCUUCUUCCACAAGGGCGACGGCAUGCUGCACAUCAGCGGCCUGUCCCCCGCCGACGCCGGCGCCUACCGCUGCGUGGCCAGGAACGCCGCGGGCCACUCGGAGAGGCUGGUGUCUCUCAAGGUGGGGCUGAAGCCGCCGGCGGGCGGCGCGCGCCGCAAUCUGGUCAGCAUCAUCGACGGGGAGACCCUGCAGCUGCACUGCGUCCCCCCGGGGGGCGGCCGGCGGGGACGUUUCUCCUGGACGCUUCCCAACGGCGUGGUCCUGGAGGGCCCCCGCGCCCUCGGACGCGUGUCCCUCUCGGACAACGGCACCCUCACGGUGCGCCAGGCCUCGGUGUUCGACAGGGGCACCUACCAGUGCAGGACGGAGACCGACCACGGGCCCUCGGUGACGAGCGUCUCCGUGAUUGUCAUCGCCUAUCCGCCCCGCAUCACCAGCGAGCCCACGCCGGUCAUCUACACGCGGCCCGGGCACACGGUCAAGGUCAACUGCAUGGCCAUGGGCAUCCCCAAAGCCGAGAUCACCUGGGAGCUGCCGGACAAGUCGCUCCUGACGGCCGGCACGCAGGCUCGUCUGUACGGCCACAGAUUCGUGCACCCGCAGGGAGCGCUGACCAUCCAGCACGCCUCGCAGAGGGACGCGGGCUUCUACAAGUGCACCGCCAAGAACGUGCUGGGGAGUGACUCGAAAACCACUUACAUCCACGUCUUCUGAACGGCCCGCGGGGCCAUGCAGAUUGCAGGGCUUGCCGCGGGGUGGGGAAGGGAAGCCGGGCUGGGCGGCCGCGGCUCCCGGAGGGUUCGUCCCGGGGCAGGGUCAACUCCCAGGUGGGUUUCAGACCGAGGUUAACCGUCACCGAGGCUUGAAAAGGAAUUUAAGCAGCCACAGACAGGAGGGCUCGGCCGCUCUGGGAACUCUGUUUUGUGUUUACAACGCGCCAUGGGCUUCAGGGUACCCGGUCUGCAACUGCAAUUUCUACCCGUUCCUGGGCAUCUGCAGGAGUCGGGCGCAGCAUUCCCUGAAAACAAGCCGCAGACAUUAGCAACGCUGCCUUGCUGCCCCGAGUGGGGGGGACGCAUCCUCUAGUCAACCCGCUGCAGUUUUCACACCAUAGAACCUUCCAGAACGAGAACUCUUCACCUUUCAGUUAUUUCCUCUGUCCCUUCAAAACUCCAGCUUGCCCAAGGAACGGUUCAGAACCAGACUGACUGAUGUUUUUUAACCCGCACUUUCAUACGUUAUAGCUACCAUUUUGUAAGAAAAAGCAAACCAAAAAAAAAAAACCUCUUUCUCCCUGGAACUCACUUUUUAUAUGAUGUUUUAUAUAUAUAUAUAUAUAUUUUUUUUUCUUUCUAAUCAGACGAUGAGAUUCGAAAGAGAAAUUCUUUCUGUCUCAUUAAAAAGAAUAAAUUAUUGGUCUUUACAAGACUUGGAUACAUUACAGCAGACAUGGAAAUGCGAUUUAAAAAUAAAUAAAUUUCUUUCCAAACCUUCUUCCAGUUCAGUAACCACUAUUUCAUUACCUUCCCCCCGGGAGGCUAGGCUAUUAGAUUGCCUUGAAUACAAAGUUUAUCCUGAAGGCCAUUGCAAGGAGGGAGGAGGGGAAGGAGAAACCUACACCACGACCCCACAGAACUGAAUUCAGAGCCCUUCCAGAAAAGCCCGGAAACUUCUCUGAAGUAUCUGAGCUGUCCAUCUGGUCCAAGGCAGCUGUCCCUUCCCCAGCCGUGGCUCAGUCUGUCCCCACAGACAACGGGAGAACUAUUAUUUCCAUGACUGCUUUACUGUAUUUUUAAGGCCCAUAUACUGUACAUUUGAUAAUAAAAUAAUAUUUUCCAAAAAAACAGGGCCACGAUGACAAUGAUAUUUUCAGAAGCAAAAAGAGCUUCAAAUGAAUUCGGGUUUAAAGCGGAGAGGUUUAAAAAACAAAAAAACUUUUAUUCACCCUAUAUCAAUUAUUCUAUUCUCUAUAAAAGUUUUUAGCAGGCAAGGAAUUGAAGUCAAAAGUGGCAGUUCAUUCCGACAGCCUGUUGGAGAGACGGGAAGGCAGAAUCUGACCCGACAUGCAGCCAGACCAUUUUAGGACUGAGAAGCAACAUUGCUGAGGAAAAUCCUACAUCAAUUUUUUUUUCUUUUCUACAUUUUUUUUUUUUUUUGCAAAGAGACAUCUGGGAGUUGUUGUACUGGCAUUCCUCAAAUAUAUGCAAACCGUCAUUCUCUUGGUACCCCUGAGAGGAAGGAAAAGACAAACAUCAGAUAAAUAUUUGGGAAGACAGUGAUUGUCAGCAUUUCAAGAAAUGUAGUGCGGCCAAUUGUUAAAGAAUGUCAACACAGAGACCAAGGGGCGGAGAGAUUGGUGCUUCGCGACUCUGAGUCUCUCAUUCAUUAAUCCAGUGGUUCCCACCCUUUUGGGCACCAGGGACCGAAUUCAUGGAGGACACUUUUUCCACUGACCUGGGGCCGGGGUAUGGUUUUGGGAUGAUUCAAGCGCAUGACAUUGAUUGUGCACUUUAUUUCUGCUAUGAUUACAUUGUAAUAUAUAAUGAAAUGAUUAUACAACCCGCCAUAGGUUAGGAACCCACGCGUUAAUCCACGCAUGUGCUUAAGCCUCUCUGCACAACUGUUGCUGUGUGCCAGAUGCCAGGAUGGCCCCCAGGGAAACAGGUAGCGUGUGAUGUCCUAAUGACCAAUAUACGUGCCCUUUAGCUACGUCUCCCGGCCACAGAGUGAGUGACAUUUGGGGCUGGAUUGUUCUCUGUGGGGUGGCGGGCAUCCCAUGCACUUGGUAGGGUGUCGAGCAGUGUCCCUGGGCUCCACCUGCCAGAUGCCAGUACCGCCCACCCCUGGGUCCUGACAACCCAAAAUGUCUCUGGUCAUUACCAAAUGCCUCUCUGUGGGUACCAGGUCAAUGGUAGCCUGAGAGACAUUUUUGUGCCCAACGUGGCAUUUUGGCUGAGUCAAUCACAGAAGGACGGCUGGGCAGGAUGCAAUGGGCAGGAGAGGGGAUGGCUCUCUUGUCAGCAAGAGCAUUUUGAAGACAAAUGCCCCAAGCCAGGAGAACUGGGGUCUACUGACAGAUAAAAGGUAAUAGACGUAUGUGGACGAUGGUGGAAAAUGUGGGGUUUUUUUUGUUUUUGUUGAUCGUGGUAGGAUAUUGUAGCUGGUUGAAUAACGUCCUGCAAAAGGUCAUGUCUACCUAGAACCACAGGAUGUGGCCUUGUUUGGAAAUAAGGUGUCUGCAGAUGUAAUUAGUGAAGGACCUUGACGUGAGACCAUCUACGAUUUAGGGAGGACCCUAAACCCAAUGACAGGUGGAAGAGAAGGAGACACAGACGCAGAGGAGAAGCCACGUGGAGACGGAGGCAGAGGCUGGAGUGACGCGGCCACAAGCCCAGGGA